AUGAUUUAUUCUCAGUAAACAUAAUAAGAAUACAAAGAGAUGGUAUUACAAGGUUUUGAUGGAUAUGAUCACUCCUUAGCUCAACUACAACAAGAGAAAACCAGAUUAAACCAGGAACGAUAAGAAUUCAUAUAUUUUAUGCAAGAGUACAUCGUGGAUUAUCUUACUUAUGAAAAUCAAGAGAUUGAUGAUGAUGUUGUUUAAAAGAUAAAAAAUAUAUGUUAAAAAAUGGUACUUAAACCCUUAUGGAAUUACGAAGAUUUUAGUGUGGAAUUGGAGCAACAACUGGAGACUUUAACACGUAAGCACAAACUUUCUAUUUUGAAUAUUUUAGACGAUUAUAUCGUAUUGAAUUAAGUCAAAUUAAUCAUUUCCAGUUUCGAUGCAUAUAACUAAACCAAGUUUAAUUAAAUAAGUACUCACUGUCUUGAAACAUUGAAAAGCCUAAGUUCUACAGAGACAAAGUAUUUAAAGAGGAUGAACCAUUACUUUGAGGUACAAGAAUUGAUUCCGAACUAAUCGGAUCGAGUGGAAGAGAUUAAUUAGCUGCUCACAACAUUGAUCUCAGUGCAAGAUAAUACACUUUCCAUGGAUUCCUGGAACUAUUCUCAUUACUAAUUUGUGAACACAAAUUAACAAGAUUUAUAAUACUAGGUCAAAAAAUAGGAUGCCGAUGUUAUUUUGAUUGAUACAUAUGGGAUCAGUCAAGAAGUGGCAAGAACUCUAUUUUAACUGCUGCCAGAUUAUGAACUAGUUUUGCCUCAACUCUUAUCCACAAUUAACAUAACCAAGGGAAAUUUGCAACACGCAUUGUCCAAUCUGUACGAUUUGCAAUUUAAAAUGAUGGAUCACUUGAACCCUUUCACCUUAAAGGGCAAGGGCAUGGUUUGUUGUUUGAAUGAAGGCUUAGCAGGAAAUGAAUUUAUAUGUUUCUAUUUUGGUGAAGUGUACACCCCGUAGAGAUGGUUCGAGAAACAAACGAUAUUCCAUAAGAGAAUGCAGGAUGGCAAUCGAAAAACAUGUUCUCAAAGUCCCUAUGCUGAAUUCUUCAUUCACGAUGAUCUGCUGGUAAUGUUUAAAAAUAGGUUUAAGUUUAUCGACCCCACUAGGUAUGGGAAUAUGGCUCAACACAUUUCAUAUUCAUGUGAUCCCAACUGUAGACUCAUAGCAGUUACUGUGAACUAACAGAAUUUGUUGGCAGUUAUUACAUCAAGAAAAAUCAAUUACUUUGAGGAGUUGACCUUGCCCUUCCCUUACACUUCCCAGGAUCAAUGUCUAUGUGGAUCAAUUCAUUGUAAACGAAAAUAGAAUCUAGAAUUAGAAAAUGCUCAUCAAAUUAGCAUUUACUCAAAUUAUAUAGAAAGAAAUGUGAUUUUGCUCCAAUCCACUUUAAUUACUAGCCAAAACACAUAAAAUGAUAUCCCUGAAUGGUUGUCUAAUUGGUAGGAGCUUAACCACUAAUAGAAUUACAUUAACAUUUUAUCCUGCGUUGAUAAAGUCAAAUUUGUUUUAUAACAUUUAAAGACGAUAUAACCGCCCAUUUUUCUCGUAACUAACAUUUUCAAUUAAUUCUGGAAGAAUUGUGAAACCAACACAUAAAAGAUUCAAAUGGAGUCCUCAAUUAUGAAUGAAAUUGUUGUGUUCCUAAAGAGACAUUCACAAUUGCAUUAAUGCUAAAUAGGGUUGGAAAUAAUCAAUCAGAUGAAGAAGAUUAUAGAUUAAAAUACUGACUAUGCUCUGCAAUUGACAAGAAUGCUCUUUUUAUUAUUGAGUGAGAUUAUUUUGAAUAUAGAAUCUUGUUCAUUCAAUAAUAAAGCAUUCUCCACUAUUUUGUACUUCAUGUCAUUCACUCACACAUACUUCUCAUCAACCUAAUAUUAGGGAUUUGAUGGAAAGCCCUUCGAAGAAACAGAAUUUGAAUACAUUCCUUAACCAAAAAAUAAAUCAAAAUUGUCAUUAUCUAAACAAUACACGCCUUAAUUUAUUUGGGGUCAAUUAAUCAAUUGGAAUAAGUAAACACUCUAAAAUCCAUAAUCUUCAAUGGCACAAGAGAGGAGAGGAGUUUUGUGUUAUCCCUCCUUGCUAUUAUCAUUUGAUAAUAAACACAAGACUUUUCCUUAUCAAUGCAAGACCAGAGAGAAAUAUCUGGAGUACUUUUAAUCCAAAAAAGAGAUCCAACCUGAUUUGUCAACUUGGUCAUACAAAAAUUAACAUAACAUAUAUGGUACAAUAUUUUUUGAAUAAUACUUCUCCUUAAGCAAGGUUGGAGAGGACUUUGUUAGUCAUGUAUGUAAACUAGGCAUGCAAACAUUUGAAAAAAAGUUUCAGUAUUGGUUGCAUAUUGAAAAUUGUUUUGAUAUGAAUCAAUAGUUAAUAGAUGAUUUAUAGACCAUCUUUUCAGAAAAAUUUUAAGCAUUUUUUGAUCAAACUCCAAAAAGCAAUUCAUCUACAGAUUAUGAUGAUAAUUAAAGAAAAAAAGUUAAGUAUAAUUAAGAUACAAUAAUUGUCGAAGAAACUCAAUUUAGUACAUAUUGA